AUGUCUUCCAGGCUCUUCCUUGUUCUCCUUUUCCUGGUCGCCUUCUCUGAGCUCUGUGUUUGCACAGAGUUGAGAUUAACAGCUGAUCAAGUGGGAGAGAUACCACCCUCCAAGAACCUGGACUCUUCUCCCCCUGGUGGGACAGCCAUUGAUGGGAUCACCCAUUCAGCCUUUCUCAAGGCUGGUUAUGGCGACAGCCUGCUUGGAGGGCCCAGGAAGUUUCACCAGCACCAGCAGCAGAGGCCCAACUGUCCUAAGGGCUGCCGGGGAUUGCCUGGUCUCCAUGUCUGCUGUGGAACGAGUGGUUGCAAGAACAUACUGAGGAAUCGAUAUCACUGUGGUGCUUGCCACCGGCCAUGUCCCUUCGGCCAGGCUUGCUGCGAAGGGUUCUGCGUCGAUACGAUGGAUGACGAAAACCACUGCGGGAAAUGCGGGAUGGCCUGCGCUGCGGGCGUGGCCUGCAUCUUUGGCAUGUGCGGCUACAGCCUUGGCUAG